AUGAAAUUAGAUACUAGUCAUAUGAGGUUUUUAACCGGUGAUGAUUUCAAAGUCUUACAAGCCGUUGAACAAGGUUCAAGAAAUCAUGAAGUGGUUCCAACUACGUUGAUUCAUCAACUUUCGGGUUUGAGAGGUAUAUCUGGUACUAAUAGAGCCAUCAGUGAUCUUGCUAAACUGAAAUUGAUUUCGAAAUUGAGAAACGCCAAAUACGAUGGUUAUAGAUUAACUUAUAAUGGGAUUGAUUAUUUAGCCUUGAAGACCAUGUUGAAUAGAAAUACAAUUUACUCCAUUGGUGGAUCCAUUGGGGUGGGGAAGGAAUCUGAUAUUUACCAAGUCAGCGCGGUUGAUGGGAACCCAAGAGUCAUGAAGAUUCAUAGAUUGGGAAGAACGUCAUUUCAUACCGUUAGAAAUAAUAGAGAUUAUCUAAGAAAUACCAAGCAAGGUGUGAAUUGGAUGUACUUAUCUCGAUUAGCAGCAAAUAAGGAAUAUCAAUUUAUGUCUAUGUUGUAUACCAAGGGCUUUGAAGUACCAGAACCAUUUGAUAACUCACGUCAUAUUAUUGUUAUGGAAUUAAUUAAAGGUUACCCAAUGAGAAGAUUGAGAAAGCAUAAGAAUAUCCCAAAAUUAUAUAGUGAUUUAAUGAACUUCAUUGUCAAAUUAGGUAAUAGUGGGUUGAUUCAUUGUGAUUUUAAUGAAUUUAAUAUUAUGAUUAAGGAUAAACCUGAGGAUGAAAAUGAUUGUGGUUUUGUUGUUAUCGAUUUCCCACAAUGUAUCUCUAUUCAGCAUCAAGAUGCUGCAUAUUAUUUCCAAAGAGAUGUGGAUUGUAUUCGUCGUUUUUUCAAAAAGAAGUUAAAAUAUGAACCAAAAUCUGAUUCUUCCAUGCUAGAUACCGAUGGGUUCGGAGAAGGUUACAAAUAUGCAUAUCCCGUUUUUGAAAGAGAUAUUAAGAGAUGUGAUAACCUUGAUGAGUUAGUUCAGGCGUCAGGUUUUAGUAAGAAACAUCCUGGAGAUAGAUCAUUAGAGGAAGCCGUGGAGAGCAUGAGAAACGCAACUUAUGAUUCUGGAGAUGAGAAUGAGAAUGAGAAUGAGAACGAAGAAGAAGAAGAUAGUGAUGAAGAUGAGUAUUAUUAUUCGGAAAGUGAGGAAGAUGAAACCUCCGAUGAUGACGAAGUAGAUAGCCAAGAUGAAGAAAAUGAGCGUAUCAUUGAGGCAUUGUCCACAGGUGUAGGUAAUUUAAAGAUGGAUAAUCUAGGUAAUUAUAUACUGGAGGAGUAG